ACCGCCCGCUCCGCACGACACUGCACGCGCUACGCCACCCUUAUAAAACACGUUCGAAACUCAAACAAUUAUUUUUUUAAAUAAAACCUACCAUCGCUUUCGAGGCUAAAAGUCUAGCUUAUAGCUUCAUAGGCUUGCUAGAUGUGGACCUAAUUAAAAGUGCUCGAUUGUUAUAUAAAAUGUUAAAUUAAUAAAUGCAUAAAUUAUCUUGUGAUGUGCAGUGUUAAACGUGACUUGCGUGAGUGGAUUAAGAGUGGUUUCCUGUCGCGGUGAUGUCGUCAUGUGGGUGGUCACAGUGCUGUGCGCGCUGGUGGUGACCGGCGCCGGCGCGCCCAACGCCACCCAUCGUCGCGCUGAUCCUCAAGAACCUUUGAUACCGGAAGACGAAGACGAUCUAGUUCUGGACUACUAUGAUGAAGCCAGGAUUAAUAUAUCUGAGAAAGGCAGAUAUAUUGGGUCACCGUGUGAGUUCAUGUGCAACUCCGACCUUGUGCACGUGUACUGCGAGCCAAGAACCAGCACUUGUCAGUGUGCACCAAAACACUCAGUCCAACUUGGAGUGGCCAGAGGCUGUGCUAAACCCAAGAAGCUGGGAGAGCAAUGCUUUUACCGGGAGACAUGUCGUGCCUUCGACCCGCACUCGUCGUGUGUCCAGGUCAACCACAAUGCGUAUUGCCAAUGUGAUACUGGAUACCACACAACCAGCCACUCCCGUCCCACGCUACGGGUCUUCUGCACUGAAGACCUGGUUCUGCUGACGGCGGACCUGCCGACGCUGCUGGGUGUUGCGUCGGGAAUCUUCGUGCUGGCCGGCCUGCUGUGCUUCGUGCUGCAUCUCUACACCAAGGCGCGAUACCACCCCGCGCAUCUGGCGGACGCGAGGCUUACCCCGCCCUGUCUAUACUCACUUAAUGAUACGGGCGGCACGCUGAGCGCAACUCGCGCUUCUUCCCGGGCAUCCUCUCGCAGCGGCUGCACCAGCGGGACUCUCGAGCUCGAGGGAAGUUCCCGUCGAGAGUCCCGCCGAGCGGCGUCAUCCCGCGCAGGUGCGGCGCGCACGGCGGCCAUCUUGUUAAUCUCGCGCCACCUCAAGGCCGUAAGGGACGGCGGCGCGCACCCGCCUAAGUGCGCCGCCAAAGGUUCGCGACGUCCAAGUCUAAGUUCAGUUCAAAGUAGCUCAUCGUCUAUUAGGAGCUACAGCGCAAAAAGAUGGGAAAGAGAAAGAGAACAAAAGGAACGAAGGCAGAUGAGCAUGCGUCUUGCUCAGCUGCACGACAAGAUGGCGGCGGGACGAGAACUGCCAAAACACGCACCCACCCCUUCGCCUAGGUCUCCUAAUAAUUCUACCGAUGGGCUUCUGCCAGCUGUGUGUGAAAUUCGUGAACUACAAAGUGCAGACCAGCUGCAAGGCGUGGAUGGACCCUGCACUAGCACAUCACUUUACUGACAGCAGGUUACUUCUAGCGCCAUCAGAUCCAUGGACUCCUUAUCAUCAGACGGGACCCCUGCUGUAGCGUGGAUGUAGUGAUAGAAACUUUAGUAUUAAUUCGUUAACGGCUACACCGGAUAAGCUCGAUGGCUGAGUGAAGAAAGUCGAUGUCUGUGCAUUUUGACCGCUUUUAUUAUUUAAAGUGAUCUGUGACUGAAUUAUAAGUGAUGCAAUCGGCAUAUAUUUUCAUGCCAGUUGAGCGCCUGUGACUCGUUUCGAAUUUAUUAAAAUAACUGGAUUUAUAUGGCGAUUGAUAGAGAGUGAAGACUUUUUUUACGCGGAAAUUGUGAUGCUAAUGAGUGUUAAUAGGUGAAGCACAAUAUCAUUAAACCCCUGCCAGAAAAACACCAUAGGUAUAGAUAGUUAUAGAAAUGUAUCGGUGACUUGUGAAUUUUAUAGUUGAGGUUAAAUAUCUAUAAUUUUUUCUCCAAAAACAUCAAUAGUUUAGACAGUGAUUUUGUGUUCAUUGUGAUGAUCUAUUUUGAAUGAGGUGCUUAAAAUAUAUUUUCUCCUUACAUCAAUUUAAGGAGCACAAGUCACAGAUACAACGUCGUUAAAUAAUAUUUUGUAGAUAAAUCGUACCGAUUGUUCAAAGCUAUAAUUGACUACAUAAGUAGUUAGGCAUAAUGAAAUGUUUGUUAUAAUAAUUUAUAUUUACACGUAUUUACUUAUGAUUGUUAGAUAAGGCUGGAGGAAGGAUAUAGGCUGUGUUUGAUGGCUACUUAAUUAUCUGGCUGUAUUUCGGUGGAAGAAUAUUAUAUUUCAAAAAUAGUUCUAAAUAAAACGCACGAAAAAAUACAUUGUAUCUUCCUAAUUGUAGCAAUAACUAUAAUCCAACAAUAACAGAAUUAUAAAAAAAUAUUAAACUUAUCCAUUUUUAAAACAUUUACGCAAUCACAUUGAAGAGCAUAGAAAUUCCAAAUCUCCGGUUAUUUCUAGUUAGUCGUUAAUAAUAAACUCACUCAGACACGAUUGAGAAUAAUUUUUCUUAGUAUCCAUAACGCUAUUUUGGAUGCCUGGUCAAUAUUAAAAAUCAAAUUUUAUAGAACAUAGACGAUGAGUUGAUAUUUGCAGAAUUCGACUUAAAUUAGGAAAAUAUACUUUCCCAUUGAAUAAAUAAGCCCUAAAUACAGAUAAACCAACGACAGACGACAGGUAAAUCGUUGACUCAAGACGACGGAGUAGGUAAAUGCUAGCGGUUAUACGAAAGUAUGAAAUUCGUUUUUAAUUGCUAGCUUAGAUAACUAAAAAUGUAUAAAUAGUAAAUACUUAUAUUUGUAUAUGAGAGCUUGUAUUAACGCGAUGUAAGACACUUGUUUAUAGUUUUCAAAUUGUUUAUUGCCAAAAUAAUUGUUUUUAUGUUCCAUAAUGUUCGAUAUGGCUAUAUUAAAUCGAGGCCUCAAAGCGCCUGUAAAUAUUAUUCUACAUAUUAUAGUACUUAUUAAAGCAAUGUACUAAUCCUGAGCAAUUGAAGGUUGGGUUUGGAAUAUACACAUGAACAGAAAAUGAAAUAUAUCUUUCACAUGGUCUCUUGUGAGCUGGAGUACCUUCGUUUGUAGCCAUAUUAAACAUUAUUAGUGACAUGAAUCUUUUAUAGAUUACAUACUAGGUGUAAUUUUUAAGAGUAGUAUUUAUGUUAUUUUGUAAAGCACAAGAAUGCGUACUUUUGCCAAUGAAGCGAAGUUGUUAAUUAAUGAUGGAUUAGGUAUUAAUUGCUGUUUUAAAGAUGAAUAUAAAUUAA